UGCAGUAGAAGCAACAUAAGCAAUCAAGAAGUGCCUCUGUAAUUGCCCCAUCGAGCUACCACCAUGGCCACAGUCACAGGAGCAGAAGCUCAGACCGCCUGCGUUACAGGAGCAAAUGGCUACAUGGCCUCCAUCCUUGUCAAGCAAUUGCUUGACAGAGGCUACACUGUCCAUGCAACUGUUAGAGACGCUGAGAAUCAGGCGAAGGUGGCACAUCUGGUAGGCAUCCAAGGAGCUAAAGAGAGACUGAAGCUUUUCUCUGCGGACAUUACAGUAGAGGGGAGCCUUGACCUCCCUGUUUCUGGCUGUGACUAUGUCUUCCACACGGCCACGCCGGUGCACUUCGAGUCUACAAACCCAGAGAAGGACAUGAUCGAGCCUGCUGUCCAAGGGACAUUGAACGUUCUCAAGGCAUGCUUAAAGGCAAAGUCAGUCAAGCGUGUGGUGUUGACCUCCUCUGCUGCCGCUGUAACACUCAAUAAGCGAGACGAUGCAAACAUGGUGAUGGAUGAAACGUGCUGGACUGAUACUGAUUUCCUGUACUCGGAGAAGCCACCAACUUGGGGAUAUCCAGCUUCCAAGACGCUAGCAGAACAAGCAGCAUGGAAGUUUGCAGAAGAAAACAAUCUGAACCUUGUCUCUGUCAUUCCUGUUUUGAUGACUGGCCCUUCCAUUACAACGGCCGUCCCCAGCAGCGUCAUGAUGGCUACAGCCUUAGUUACAGGAAAUGACUUUCUAAUCAACAACUUAAAGGGUAUGCAAAUGGUUUCAGGCUCCAUAUCGAUUGCACAUGUGGAAGAUGUGUGCAGAGCUCAUAUAUUUGUUGCAGAGGAAGAAUCAGUCUCAGGAAGAUACAUAUGCUGCGCUCACAAUACAAGUGUUGUUGAGCUUGCACAUUUUCUGUCAAACCGGUACCCAGAGUAUAAGAUCCCUACAGACUUUGGUGAUUUUCCAGCAAAAGCUAAGCUUAGCAUAUCCACAAAGAAGCUAGUCGGAGCAGGCUUUAACUUCAAGCACGGAAUUGAAAGCAUAUUUGAUGAAUCAGUGGAAUAUCUCAAGUCUGCUGGUGUCUUGCCAAAAUGAUGAUGUGGGUGAUUUUGAAUAAAAAAAGCUUGUUAUGGGUCUCCGAUAUGCAAGUCGGAUUCCUUGAGUGAGAUUUUCCAAAAAAUUACGUCCUCUUUAGUUAUUGCGACUAUGAUUAGGGUGUGGCGGGUUCAAGUAUUUCCAGGUCAGCUCUUUGUAAUCAGGAUAACGGCAAGCUGUUGAAGCUGCUUAGUGUAAUGCUCCUUUACUAUAU